AUGUCAUUCCGCAAGAAGAAUGUGGUUCUCGGUUCAUCAGCCGGAGGCCUUGUGAGGGAGCCUGUGGCCCAAAGACAAGUAACAUCAUCUCCGCCGGGAACACGUCCAUCGCCCCUCGACGGCCGUCUCACUACUUCAACAGGCACAGCAUCAUUAGAUCAACUUCUCGCAGGGCAUGCGGGUUUACCUCUUGGAUGUUGUCUGUUGAUUGAAGAAUCUGGAACAACCGACUUUUCGGGAAUCCUUCUGAAAUACUACGCCGCGGAAGGCCUUGUGCAAGGACACCAAGUCCAUGUACUAGGUCCAACUGAGGCAUGGAGAGGUGAGCUUCCUGGCCUGAGCAAGACCAGUGGCUCAGAUGGGAUUCAGUCAAAACUAGUGUCUGGGGAGAAAAUGAAGAUUGCAUGGCGAUACGAAAGCCUUGGUAGCAGUAAAACAAGUAAAGAAACAAGCCAAGGAGGCGGGGGGACAUCAAGCAACUUUUGUCAUUCAUUUGACCUUGCCAAACGUCUACAGAUUAGUGACAUCAAGGGAGACCUCCAUGUAACAGCAUCUAUGCCCGUCACGACCUGGUUCCAAUCACCUCCAGGCCAUCCUGCACCGUCGCCCUUGGAAGCCUUCAUUGCUCACCUGUCAGCAAAAAUAAAAACGUCUGCCCCGGGAACAGUCCACCGCGUUUUAGUUCCGAAUCUCCUAUCGCCUACACUGUAUGGCCCAUCAGUUUGCCGACCUGCAGAUGCGCUGCAAUUUCUGCAUAUGCUGCGAGUUUUACUGCGGCAGAAUAGCGGAAACCUAUCAGCAAUCAUAUCGCUGUCGACAUCGCUUUAUCCACGAACGGCAGGGCUUACAAGAUGGAUGGAGCUUUUGUGUGACGGGGUGCUAGAAAUGUUGCCUUUACAUCGUAAAGUCCAUUUACAACCAAACACCAAGUCGGAAGAUAUCAUCCAGGGUAUACUUAAGAUACAUAGCCUCCCUAUCUAUCAUGAAAAAGGAGGUGGUCCGGAAGGUCAAUCAUCGAGAGAGAAUCUUUCAUUCCGCUUAAGCAGCUCAAGUGGCAUUGUCUUUAGGCCUUACACUUUGCCACCGUUGUUGGAUGGAGAGGAUCAUAAGGAGCUAAAAGAAACACGGAGUAACGGAGAGAAGCUUGAUUUUUGA